CACAGUUUACCUCGUAGCUGGUAGUGGUCGCUUACUCUCCGUCUCCUACACUGAUUAGCUCUAUUCGUAUUCAUCUAUGUUAAACGUCAUAUAUAUUAUACCUGUCUAUCUAUCUAUCUAUCAGUCUCGUCUUGCUUCUAACACACUUUUCCUUGAGUGUGUCUCGUGAGUGUGUGUGUGUGUGUGUAUCAGUAUGUUCACACCACUCCAGAGACACUUACGCAGGAGGCCGGUGUUGGGUGGGUUGGUGACGUUGGCGUUGUGGUGGGCGGUAUCGUUCCUCGUCGUCUAUUCUCUCAGGAAAGACAGAGACGAUGAGAGUGACGUUGGUGGUGAGUUUGCUAUGGAGAUACCUGAAGAUAGGGUGUUCGCCCACAGGAGGAAGGCGAACUUGGGGAGAACGAGACCGCUACGUCGGGAGAAAUACUACAAAAUGAUGGAGAAUUUAAUGAGAAGUCACUCUUCCUUGAACGAGUUAUACCUUGAACAUGAAAAACUUAUACCAGCUCGAGUACCAACUGUGUCUAAGGGUAAACGAUAUCAGUUUGACGCUACGCUGGGGUCAACAGACGCCGUGAGACUUGGAGACUCCCGGGAAUACUCAUUUAAAGAGGAUAAUGAGAAAUUUGGGGGGAAUAACAGACGUCUUUUGCAUCACCACGAAAGAACAGACUCAGAAUCCACCAAACCACAAACCGGAAGUAACGACCAGACGCCAGGAAAUGAGUUACUCCUCGAGGACCCACACCCAGACACACCCUACAGGACGAGGCUGUGUGAGGACAACCCGCUGGUCCCGCCGCCUCCAGCACACCGGGACACAGACCUCCCCCGCCAGCUGGACCACGUCACGACGAUGCUCAAGACCCUCGUGUACUUUAGCACGUCCUCCUUCAAAGUCAUCCUCGUCACGGAUGCACAGAACAUUUAUGACCUUGUUCUCCGGCAGCUGGAGGAUUGGCCAAGCAGGUAUCGGUCGAGACUACACUUGCAGCGAGCAGUACCUUCGAUCAGUGUUCCCCCCCAGCAGGAGACAGUCGCUGUAGGGGGGUGGCAUCACUAUCCUGCCACGGAUCGAAAUACUUCCUGGUGAAGUCGCUGCCAAGGAAGGAUACUGUCGUUUAUAUCGACCCCGAGGCCUUGUUCCUGAGCCCGGCGGAAGGGUUAUGGGAGCUGGUUAAGGGCUUACAGAUACCCUGUGCCCUCCCUUUCACCCCUGAUCCACCCUACAGUUUACACGAGGUGAUAUAUAGGACCUUUCUUAACAUGGACUUGAGGACACUACCCCAAGCUCUCAUAAGGAUCUUGGGCCAGGAAUUCACGAAGGAGGAAAUCUCAGCGUCACCUUCAACCACCAUGAUCUCCUCUUCCCCCUCCUCUUCCCCCUCCUCUUCCCCCUCCUCUUCAUCCUGCAAGCAAGCCAAAGACGUCCAGGAUCUCCUCUUAAAACAUCUUAGAAACUUGUCUCUCCGGGAUGAUCAAGAAGGGUCAUUCUAACGUACAGCGGCUGGAGGAGGAUAAUGCUAAUCUUAUUAUACAACCAUACUGUACUGUUCUUAUACUUAUCAUAUCUCCCGGAAUAAAGAGCCUUAUAGAGUGA